GCAGUGCGGUGCGGGCGUCGUUGGCAUCGCUCUCCGGCGUCCCGGCAUCCUCCGCGCGCAGGAGGAGACAGGACCAGCCAGGGCCAAAACCAGGGCCAAAACCAGGGCCAAAACCAGGGCCAAAACCAGGGCCAAAACCAGGGCCAAAACCAGGGCGGCCUCUUUCUCCUCCCCUCCUCAUGGCGGACAAGAAGCAGCCCGUCGACCUGGGGCUCCUGGAGGAAGACGACGAGUUCGAGGAGUUUCCCGCAGAAGAUUGGGCCGGCUUGGACGAGGAUGAGGACGCCCACGUCUGGGAGGACAACUGGGACGACGACAACGUGGAGGACGACUUCUCCAAUCAGCUCCGGGCCGAACUAGAGAAACACGGGUACAAGAUGGAGACGUCGUAGCGGGGAGAAGAGGGUGCGAGCCGGAGGUGGCGUCGCGGGGAGACGAUGGAGGAACGGGCCCUCCCGGACCGUCGACCGAAGGCUGGAGGACGAGGAUGCGCGAUGGAGAGAGAGCUUUAGAUCUGUUUUCGUUUUUACCGAAUGCGCAAUAAAUACGGGAAUCAGAACCCCGUCGAAAAUUU